CCAAUUCCCGUGAUUCCCCAAGCCAGUCAGCCAUUUCCUCUCUGAAAUUUUCCGAAGCAGACAAGUGUGUGAGAAAUGUCCUGCCUGUGCGAAUUCGUUCUGCUUUCGUCUCUGUCUGAAGAUUACGAGGAGUUGUCGAGGUGUUACGCAGUCCCAAACAUGUGUGGUACCAAAGGUACGAAGUGUUCUGUCGAGCCGCUCGCUAUCGUCGAAAGAGUCGAAGGUUGUAUCGCUAACCCUCGUCCCGUGUCCAUUGGCCAGCCGCCCGAGGCACGGUUGAUGCGCGAGACCCAUACGCGAGCCAACGGUUGUCGGUUUUGUAAGGACCCUAACCCCGGCAAGUGGCAGUGAGAAUUGGCGCAACCGACAAAACUCCCAAAAUCAGCCCGGACCCGCGGAGAAUGACGCUGCUGACUCAUCAGGUGCCGUCAUCCGCGAACAUGGAACGCGCAAAGGCCAGCACCGUCUGCGCCAUCCCCUGGACCAAGAACCGGCCACAAAACGAAGUCGUGAAGACCACCGCAGCAUUUCCCUGCUUCAUGGCGAAGUUGGUCGGCACGAACGGAUUCAAGGACUCCAAGAACACGCCUGCCCCCGCCGCGAACAACCGCAAGCAACAGUUAUCACAAGGACGACCCGCGGCCCCGCCGGAACCUGCAGAACUGCGGCCGUCCAAAGUUCCUGCGGCCGCCCAGCCCUUCGGAAUGUGUCGAUGGGGUCGAAGUUCCCGGGCGGACGGAGGUGUGAGCGACGCCGUCCGCCCGGCGUCGUCAACCGCGUCGUCGCCGACCAUAACCGACCGUCAGCCCAACCACAAGAAACGGUCACGUCGACGGAGGCGACCGCCGAAAUCGAGUCCGAAGCCAACCGGUGAAGCACUCGAGUCGCCUCCCGGCCACGGCGUGUGCAUCGCCCGCUCUCCAACAACAAAACAGGAGAUGAUUUUAAGAGUCGGCACCCCUCCAGACGCGGAGAUUGAUGAGAAAGCGUUAGCGUCGCCGCGACCCUCGGUUAACUCCGCAAUCGCGUUUAUUCUGGGCGGCAAUGACGAUAUCAGCGACACCGGUAGCGACUGGGACGAAGUGGACGCCGGCGAAGAAAGGAGCGCGUCCGACUGCCCCUUGGACGUCUUUGUGAUGCCACUGUUGAACGGUCUUUUUUCGGUGUCCGUGCGACCUCGGCCGACGAGGAUCUCCGACGAAGUGGACGGCGUAGGACUCGGGGCGGCGACGUCGCCGCAUGUACGCGACGCAAACGACAGAUGGAAUCGGGAGUACGACGCCGACGAACAAGCCCAGCAUCGAAUCUCAAAGGUGAACUUCGGAACCGGAGACGCCUUUAUGGAAGUCCAUGAUGCAGACGAUGUGGAUCGCAGGGGACCCUGGGAGCAGAUGGCCAUUGACCGAAAACGCUUCCAAACCCGGGUUGCGUCGACAGAGGCUGUGCUUGCACCAGUCUUCUCCGCCGAACAUCGCAAGAGGACCUUCGAAAAGCUCCACGCAGCAUCUGUCGACUGAUUUCAAACCUUCCCUGUGCCCGAGCUGAACCCUACAAACUGCAUGCUUACAGCUUAUAAGAACACUGCUUAUGGACCACAGUAAUGGCGAGUGAAAGCAGCAGCUGUUUGUUCAUUCCUGUUCAAAGAAAAAUACUAUUUUGCCCGUGAA